CAUAUUCCAUUUUCACAUCCUGGCAACAUGCACGACUACGAAUCCGCCCAAGCUCACUUCUUGUACGAACACCGCGAACCAUGUAGCCAGAUCGCAGUGGUCCAGAUCGCCGUCUUCUUCGUCUCGUUCGUCUUUACGUACCUGACGUGGUGGGCGGGCCUGUUCGGGCUCCUGGUCGCCGCCGUGGGGUACUACGGCACGCUCACCCCCGUCGUGCAAAGCAAAGUCAGCUUCAUCCAAUUCUAUUACUUUGGGAACUGCUUCAUCUUGUUCCUGCAAGUGCUGUCGUCGAUCGUCCUGGUCGUUGUCGUGUCUGAAUGGCCAGUGAUCACGUCAUGGGGAUGGGUCGUGAUUGUGCUUGGUACAGUCUCGUACAUCUUCCAGAUCUACCUUACGUACAUUGCAAUCCAACGGUCGUUCUCGUACCGCGCCGAGCUCAUGCGAAGCCCUCCGCCGGCAGAGAUCAUGGUGUAUUCCCAGCAAAGCGUGUAUACUGCCGUCCCUCAAGUCGUAGGUGGAUACCGGGCGCCCAUGGAUACCAAAUCCAUCUAGACUCUGGACGACAGAACCAUCAAUUUUCACACCUUAAUCCCAAUAUUCAUGUGCAGUUGCGUUCCC